AUGGUCUCGGGUUUGGAAGAAGCGCUGGAGCACAGUGGUGGUGGCCAUGGCCGAACGGCAGAGGGUGUCUCGAUUUCAACCUUCUUGGCCUCGCUGGCGACGGCCAUUGUGGUUUUUGUUGUCGAAUUCUUGCUCUUCCUCCUGCUAAAAGGCAAACUUACUCGCAUAUACCAACCUCGAACCUAUUUGGUACCAGAUAGAGAACGGACCAAACCAUCUCCACCAGGCCUAUUUCACUGGGUUGGCCCUGUCUUCCGUACCUCCAGUUCCGAAUUUAUCCAGAAAUGUGGGCUAGAUGCAUACUUCUUCCUGCGCUAUCUGCGUAUGCUGCUGAAGAUCUUCCUCCCCCUGGGAUUUCUGAUUCUGCCAGUUCUACUUCCGAUCAAUCGCGCCGGCGGCAAAGGUACAUCUUUUAAGAAUGGCACUGCUGGUGAUCGAUGGAGUGUUACUGGCCUGGACCAGUUGGCAUGGGGAAAUGUCACACCUCAACACACGAACCGAUAUUGGGCCCAUCUGGUGAUGGCUUUCAUUGUCAUCAUUUACGUCUGUGCCGUCUUCUUUGAUGAGCUUCGGGGCUUUAUUCGUCUGCGACAGGCCUACCUGACUUCUCCUCAACAUCGACUCCGUGCUUCUGCGACCACUGUGCUGGUCACUUCCAUCCCGCCAGAUUGGCUUGAUAUGGAUGCGCUUGAUAGACUGUUCGACGUUUUUCCCGGGGGCGUGAGGAACAUUUGGAUCAAUCGGAACUUUGACGACCUGAAUGAGAAAGUGAAGAUGCGGAACAAACUUGCCCUUAAACUUGAAAGUGCCGAGACCGACCUGAUCUCGAAAUGCAAAGAGGCACAACUCAAGACGGUAAAGGCUGAGGCAAAGAAAGCCGGGAAGAGCACAACGCAUGCGGAGAAACAAGAGAAAAAAGCGGCCGACAAACGGGCGUCCAAAAUCGCCAUGGGCCCGGGUGUCAGCACUGGCAAUCCUCACGAUCCCCACACGUUACAAGAAAUGCUCCACGGGCCAGCAGACGGACACGCCAAAAGAUCCGAGGAUGGACCUCGACGAGUAUUUGACCCUGCGUUUGCAGCCGCUGGAGCAGUUGGCCAAGGUGUGGGGAAACUGGGCAAAUCUGUGCUUGGGGGUUUCAAAAAAGCUGAGAAUGGGUUCGAGGGGACUUUGUCUCAGACCCGAGGCUUCGUUGCCACCACAGACGACAUUCUCCCGCCCCGUGGGAACACACCUCCAGGCACCGAUCAUGCUGUCUCCGGCAAGAAGUCUUCUGGGGAGUCACUUCGAUCUCAGCAGCAGCCAGAAACCCCCGACCCGGGUCGUACCGACACCAAGUCUCGCGAUAAAGCAUCAUUAAAACCACCAUUUUGGAGACGAAUGUCAUCUCAUACGAAAUCCCAGGGUACGCCGGAACCUGAUGAAUAUCCACUGACCGCACCUGACACUCCUGCUACCGAUGCAUUUCCCCGUGGAGACAAAGUGGAAGAGGAAGAAUACCCUCUCGCCUACAAUGAAGAUUUCGACAAUGAGGACUAUGGAGAGCCACUGUGGAAGGAAUACAUUCGACCCAAGGAUCGGGAUACAAUGCGUCUGCCCAUUUUUGGCUGGAGUUGGAUGCCCUCUAUCUGGCUUCUUGGCAAAAAGGUUGACACUAUCGAUUAUUGCCGCAAAGAGCUCGCUCGUCUGAACCUGGAAAUCGAGAUCGAUCAGCAGCAUCCUGAGCGGUUCCCUCUAAUGAACUCGGCUUUCGUCCAAUUCAAUCACCAGGUUGCUGCCCACAUGGCCUGUCAAGCUGUCAGCCAUCACCUCCCAAAGCAGAUGGCACCCCGAGUCGUUGAAAUCUCCCCCGAUGAUGUCAUUUGGGAUAAUAUGUCCAUCAAAUGGUGGGAACGCUAUCUUCGCACCUUUGGAAUUGUAACUCUGGUGUGUGCAAUGGUUGUUGGUUGGGCCUUCCCUGUUGCUUUUACUGGUCUGCUCUCACAACUUUCAUAUCUCGAGGGUGCAUUCACAUGGCUGGCUUGGCUUGGCAAGCUACCAGACUGGUUUAUUUCUGCUGUCCAGGGCAUUCUUCCCGCGCUGUGUUUGGCUAUCCUGAUGGCACUUCUUCCCCUCAUUCUCCGCUUCCUGAGUCGUACGCAGGGUCUCUUCACGGGCAUGUCUAUCGAACUAACUGUACAAAACUACUACUUUGCCUUCCUUUUUGUACAGCUGUUCUUGGUUGUUACCAUCGCCUCGAGUUUCUCAACAGUCAUCGAGAAUAUCACUGACGUGACGAGCUGGCCGGAACUCUUGGCUUCGAACAUCCCCAAGUCCAGUAACUACUUCUUCUCUUACAUGAUUCUGCAAGCCAUGUCUGUGAGCGCUGGUGCUCUUGUGCAAAUCUUUGGCCUGGUGAGCUGGUUCAUUCUGGCACCCAUUCUGGAUUCAACUGCCCGGAAGAAGUGGGCUCGAACGACCAACCUCAAUCAGAUGCAAUGGGGCACGUUCUUCCCAGUCUAUACCACACUGGCUUCCAUUGGGUUAAUCUACUCAGUCAUUGCGCCUCUGAUCUUGGUUUUCAACAUCAUCACCUUCAGCCUUUUCUGGUUCGUCUAUCGGUAUAACACACUCUACGUCACCAAAUUCCGCUUCGACACCGGCGGUCUUCUAUUCCCUCGAGCAAUCAAUCAAUUAUUCACUGGACUAUAUGUGAUGGAGGUCUGCUUGAUUGGCUUGUUCUUCUUGGUUCGGGAUGAAAAAGAUAACGUUGCUUGCAAGGGGCAGGCUAUUUGCAUGAUUGUGAUCCUGGUCUUGACCGCUGGAUACCAAAUCCUCCUCAAUGACGCCUUCAGUCCGCUGAUUCGAUAUCUACCGAUCACCUUGGAGGAGGCUGCUAUCAAACGCGAUGAUGAGUUCCGCCGUGCUCAGCACGCUCGCCUCGGACUUGCCAUUGAUGACGAUGAGGUGAAUGAUGUUGAACACGCCCUCGCAGAGGAGGAACGCCGAGAGCGCCAACAAGGACAAGAUGCUCGGGAUAUCGAGCUGAAACCCUUGGAGACCAGUGGCCUAGACCAGAAGCGACAGGAUUCUGGCAGUCUCUUUCCAACGUCCAAGCUUGAGCACAAACGUCCAUCGUGGGCAACCAAUGCAUCCAGACGACGAUCUAAGUAUUUCGGGCUCAACCCACCAAGCUCAACACCAACCAUCCGAGCUAUGCGAGAGAAGAUGGCUCUCGACACCGAAAAUCAGGGACCUGCCCCAAACACAGUUGGCCAAGCCCUCUUUGCUGGUAUACAUGAUGAACUGGAGGAUCUCACGCCCGACGAGCGCGAUCAGCUGGUGCAGCGCGCCUUCCAACACGAAGCACUUCGCGCCAAGCGGCCGGUUAUCUGGAUUCCACGCGAUGAUCUGGGUGUCAGUGACGAUGAGGUUUAUCGUACUCAGCGGUUCAGCAAACACGUCUGGGUCAGCAACGAAUACCAGGCGCUGGACGCCAAGUGUCGGACGAUAUUCAGUCGCAGUCCUCCAGAUUUCUCCGAGGUGGAUUUGAUUCAACUGUGA